GGUUUAAAUUAAUUCUUAACUUGUAAAGUACUAAUAGAUCAUUCUCAUUGAAAAUAUUAAAAUAUAUUAUAAUGAUCCGCUCUGGUCCAAUACCUGAAGAUUUUAUAUUUUCAAUAAAUAAUAAUAGUGAACGACCAAAGAUCUUUCCUGCAAGAAGACAGAGUCCUAUUCCGCAUGAUCCUGGAAUAGACCCAAAAUCAGAUUUGGUUCGUCCAAGUUCUGCUAAGGUUCACUUAAAACCAGAGUCCUUAAAAAUUGCUCGUAAUCAUCAAGGGAAUGAGCUUGCUUUGUUGUUUAAUCCAUUAUUUCAAAUUAAACCAAUCGGUGUCAGAUCAACUCAUCGCGAAACCAAGGAUUAUGGUAAAGAGAAUUUCUACAAAAUCAAACAGAUUCAGAAAGCUAAUAAAGAAAAGCAAUCAGAAUCAUCUCGUAGUACUCCUGUCAAAGCAGUUUAUAAAUAUGAUAAAUAUGAACAUAUUCAGUCAAAAGUUGCUGAAAUUAUUCAAACCCCUCCUGCUCCUCGAGCUGAUAAGGUUUUAACAAAGUCACAGUCUGCUUCAGAGUUUACUAUUGAUCUUGGUAAUGUCUCACCAGAUGAUUGUGUACUUCAUAAUAAACAAAAUAGUUUACAGGACACUCCAAAAAAAAAUUUAAAGGAACCUUUUAUAAAAGCAACUAGUGCAAGAGAUUUAUCACACGGAUCACAAAGAUGCAAUACAAGCAGUGCAGUGGCAAGACCUUUUUCAGCCGGAGCAGCAAGACCUUCUUCUGGAGUAGUUCGAAAUCAUUUGUUAGAAAAUAAAAAAUUCCUUAAGAAUGUAAAUAUACGUCGAUCCCCAUCUAUGAGUGCGCUUGAAGAUUUAAAAAAGAAAAAAGAAAAAGAAAUUCAAGAGCAUAAAAAAGGUGUCAUACCUAAAUACUUAGAUGAGAGAAAAAAAGAAUGGCAACGACUUGAAGAAGAAAGGAUAGCUAAUUUACCAGAUCCUUCUAUACCUGCGGGUCAUACAUUGAUGCCAGAUGAGCAAAGAAAAUCAACUUUACAACUAUUAAAAAAAUCUCAACAAGAAUAUAUGGCGGAAAUGCAGGCACUUCCCGUAAGUCGAGAUACAAUGCGAGUAAAAAACAAACGCGAUAAUUUGGAAAUGAAGCUACAGGAAAUUGACACAGCUAUAAAAAUAUUUUCUCGGCCACGUGUUUUUGUGAAAGAUGACUAGAAAAUUUUAAAACUUUAUAUUUUUGAUUUUUUUUAAGGAAACAAACUGUAUAUUUUUAUUUAUAUAUACAUAUAAAUUCAUAUAUUUAAUAAUUUUUAGUGGUUUUAAUUGUUUUGUAAAUAAAAUCUAAAGUUUACUGAAAGAUAUAAUAACAGAUUUUAUAAA